AUGGCCUCUCGUCCUACCGUCUCUAUCGCCUCCGGCGAGGGCAAGCCCACCGGGGCCACUGCCCCUCUGCCGGCUGUUUUCGCCGCUCCCAUCCGUUCGGAUAUCGUCCAGCAGGUCCACACCGGUAUGGCGAAGAACAAGAGACAGCCUUACGCUGUGAGCGAGAAGGCUGGUGAACAGACCUCCGCUGAGUCCUGGGGUACCGGCCGUGCUGUCGCUCGUAUUCCCCGUGUCUCCGGUGGUGGUACUCACCGUGCUGGUCAGGCUGCGUUCGGUAACCAGUGCCGUUCUGGUCGCAUGUUCGCUCCCACCAAGGUCUGGAGAAAGUGGCACCAGAGGGUCAACCUUGGCCAGAGACGUUUCGCUACUGCCUCUGCCCUGGCUGCUUCUUCCGUCCCCUCUCUCCUCUUCGCCCGCGGUCACCGCAUCGCCAACGUCCCCGAGGUUCCCCUCGUCGUUGACUCGAAGACCUUCGAGAACGCCGCUGUCACCAAGACCAAGACCGCCGUCGCUCUCCUCCAGGCUCUCGGUGCUGGUUCCGAGCUCGUCAAGGUCUCCAAGUCCCGCAAGAUCCGUGCCGGUAAGGGUAAGCUGAGAAACCGCCGCUUCCGCCAGCGCCGCGGUCCUCUCGUCGUCUACAACCCCGAGACCGACGGCAAGGAGCUCGUCCGUGCCUUCCGCAACAUCCCCGGUGUUGAGACCACCUCCGUCUUCUCCCUCAACCUCCUCCAGCUCGCCCCCGGUGGUCACCUCGGUCGCUUCAUCGUCUGGACCUCCUCUGCCUUCGAGGCCCUUGACACCGUCUACGGCACCACGAACUCUCCUUCCGCUCUUAAGAAGGACUUUGUCCUCCCCUCCAACCUCGUCGCCAACGCCGACCUCGCCCGUCUCAUCAACUCUUCUGAAAUCCAGUCCGUCGUCCGCGGCCCCAAGGGUGAGGCCCGCACCAAGCGCGCCAACGUCCAGAAGAAGAACCCUCUCCGCAACAAGCAGGUUAUGCUGCGUCUUAACCCCUACGCUGCUGCGUUCUCUAAGGAGAAGCUUGGCCAGAAGUCUCUUGACGGUGGCAAGCCUGAGACCACGGCUGAGUCUUUCCUGAAGACUCUCCACGAGGAAUAG